AUGACCGAGUACGGAUGUCAAGUCACCAACAAGUUUGGUCUUCCAUCGGACGAUGACUCCGAAUAUGACGAUCCUCGCGAGCUCAUGCAGAAGGUCUCCCAGCUCGCACUCAAGAAGAAGGAGGAGAAGGCUGUGAAGCCCGCCCAGCCGACCAAGCCAGUCGCUGCUGCUCCAGCUAGUGCUGCCGCCAAGACCGACGGUGCUUCUGCUGGACGUGGACGCGGAGGACGUGGUCGCGGACGCGGGGGAGCUGCUGGCCGUCCACGUGAUGGCGGAGAUCGUGUCUCCAACGAGAACAACGGUGAACGCUCCGGCGAUUCCCGUCGUGGAGGACCCCGCAGAGGCGGUGAACGCGGAGCUGCUCGUCCAGCUGGACGUGGAGGACGCGGAGGAUUCACUCGCGAGAACAGAGAAGGAGAGGAGCCAAGAGACCAACAUUUCGCUGACGACGGACAAGACACCCGCGCUCCAAGACGUCGCGGAGGAUUCACCCUUGGUGGACCAUCCGGCGGACGUGGAGGAUCCCGUGGAGGUCGUGGACGUCAAUUCGACCGUCAAUCCGGAUCCGAUCGUACCGGAGUUCGCGCUUUCGAGAAGAAGGACGGACAUGGAAAGGGCAACUGGGGAGACCAGAAGGAUGAGCUCGCCGGAGAGACCGAGAACAUCGCUCCAGAGGGAGAGACUGCUCCAGCUGAGCCAGAGGUUCCACGUGAGAAGACCGCCGAGGAGCUCGCUUUCGAGGCUGAGCAAGAGGUUCUUGCCAAGCAGAAGACUCUUAAGGAGUUCAGAGCUGCUCAAAACGCUGAGGCUCCAAAGUUCAACACCAGAAAGGCUGGAGAGGGAGCUGCUGACAACUUCGGCAAGCUCAUCCCAAUGAAGAAGGAGGUCAUCCCAGACCGCGAGGAGGACGAGGUCGUCGUUAUCCACAAGGCUCCAAGAAAGCAAGUGUUGGACAUCUCCAUCACCUUCCGCAACGAUCGCCCAGAACGUGAGCGCAACGAUCGCGAUCAUCGUCGCAACGACGACCGCUCGGAGAGACCACAACGCGGUGGACAAAGAGGAGGACGCGGAGGCCGUGGAGGACCACGUUCCGGAGGACAAGGAGGACGUCAUCAAGCAACACCAUUCAACGCUUCUGAGGACGCCUUCCCAGCUCUCGGAGCCAAGUAA